GUUUGCAGGCUGUGCUGAGGGGAGGAGGAGUUUGGGGGAGAAGUUUGUGUAAGAGGGAACCUGCCUGUCUUUCAUGUAGCUCCCUCAACAAGUUGAAGAGCUGCUUUGACCAAACAGCAUAUUAUGGAAAUCCCUGCCAUAAAUCUAAAGGCCAUAGUACUUGUGCACUGGCUGCUUACAAUAUGGGGAUGCAUGGCGUGGCUGCCCUUCUCCUAUUCUUGGGGGAACUUUGGUGUUUUAGCUGUCGGGGUCUGGGCCAUUGCACAGAGGGACUCGGUCGAUGCUGUGCUCAUGUUUCUGAUAGGGAUGGUCCUGACAAUAUUGACCGACAUCAUCCAUUUUGGGAUCUAUUACCCGCUCAAUGACUUUGCGGCAGAAAGAGGGAGAGACGUGUUUCGCUUCAGCGCAGGAAUGGCCAUCCUCAACCUGCUGCUCAAACCUGUGUCCUGCUUCUUCGUCUACCAAAUGUACCGCGAACGUGGAGGAGAUUACAACAUUAACUUUGGUUUCCCCUCUGUAUCACGAAACAGAGAGGCCUACCAGUCUAUUGACCAGCAGGAUGAGACUUCCAGCUCACCGAAUACCUUCAACCAGGCCCAGGACAGCAAACCAGGAGUCCGCACAUACUGAGAGAACAAGGCGCUGAACAAUGCAGUGUUUCAGUGUUUUCCUCUGGCUUUUUGCUUGGCAAUUUUUACAAUCGAUUCGACAUCAUGUGUCGGUCUGCUGCAGAUUGCAGCGCUGGAAAUAAAUCAAAUACUUUUAUUUUGUUAAAUAAUUAGCCCUGUUUGCGUUUUACAAUGAAAUAUGGCAUGAAUAUACCAUUUUAAUUUCUACUUCCUUUUUUUUGCCAUGUUGGUACAUAACUGCUGAAUAAAUACAGAGGAAACACUGCCCUACCACUUCCAUGCCAUGUUACUGUUAAUGUUAACGCCUGCUAUUUUUUAGUCGAGAGGUGUUGAAUCGAAUUGUUGUGUCUGCAGCAGUUUUGUCAGUUUACUUUUUUCCAAGUGGGCAAUUGUUACAAAUGUGGCACUUUGUGAUCUGUAAAUUAUUACGUUCUCCUCGUCUGCAGUAAUUAGUCUUUGCUUUACGGUACAGCAAUGCUUAAAGCACUGGACAAUUCUUAACUCAAAGAGGACUGAAAUGAAUGUUCAGUGUCAACGCCUUAGACACAACCUUGUGCCUUUUGUACUUUUUCAACAUUCAUUCAUCUUGGUAUUAAGCUAUGCAAAGUAUUAAAGGUACUGUCACAACUUGCACUGUAACUAUGAACAACACAUAAAAGUAUAAAACUGUUUGAAAAAUAGAGAAAUAUGGAACUUUUUGUAAGCAAACAAACAAAUAUUUUCAAUUAAAACUCCAGUCGGUCCACUGUCAGUUCAGUGUAUCAGAUUUAGUGGUUUAAAGAAUAUGGCUAAAAUGAAAUGUAGAACCGCCAUUUCUACAGUAGCCCAGAAAGGACAAACUAAACAGUGACUCUGUAAAGGGCCUCUUGUAUUUUUUGCCCCGCUGAAGUUUUUCCUGCAUGCUAGGAAAGAGAGGAUGAGGUGAAGGGGUUGUAAUCAGCAACUACAUCACUAGAUGCUACUAAAUCUCACACACUGCCCCUUUAAACCAUUUAAAAUGAUUAAAUCAUUCUUAUAGUUAUUGAAGCUUCUAGAGUGCCAUGAAAACUCUUUUGUAAAAUAGAACCCGUGCGGCCUCUGAUAGCUGAGUUUUUAAAAUCACAAAUAUUAAAUGAAUUGUGUGUGAAAUAUUGCACAUCAUUCAUUGAACACUGAAUAAAGUGCGCACACAGUUUUAGUGUGCAAAUUUCGUAAAUGUGGCAGCAGUUAGAGCGUAAGCAAAACAGACUGCAGGGAUUAUUGUAAUGAUUACAUUGUUUUGGAUUAAGUUCUCUUUAAAAAAAAUAAAAUAAAUAAAAAUCACCUACAUGACCGGACAGAGAUGUCGUAGCUGUGGUCACAUUAUGGUUUGUGAAAUAACUACUGCUCUGCUCACAGCUCAUAUACUGUAGAUCAUGAGAUUAAAAUUAUACCUUAAUUCACACACCAUCUGUCUUUUGUGAUCAGCCUUAACUUGGCUUUGUCCACACCCGGUGAACCUUUCAGCACCAACUUACAGCUCUGCGUGAUAACUUGGCAGCGCAGCGGCAACAUGGAGGCACAAGAACGGCAAAGUUGUUACACUUUUAAUGUCAUUAGGCAAUAAAGAAGUAUGUUCUGAGAAGAUGUUUUGGAUUUGGAAAUGCUUACAGUGAGGCAACAACACAAUUUUUGCACCUGCAGGUAUGAAUUGGCCUUUCAGAGAAGUCUUUAAUGAAUCAGUAUGUCCUGUAAGAGACUAAAAGAUCAUAUUUUACUGUAAGAAAAGUCACCACAUAGAGUUUAACAGUAUUAUUUAUAUUAUUUUGAUAGCUGUAAGAAAUAUCUAACAUGGCAAGAAAUGUAUCUUUUUUUAAUCUCACACCGUUCUUUUGCUUCAAGGAGCCUCCUGAAAAGGGAGCCAUAUCCUGAAAUAAGGCAGCUGUAGUUGCUUCAGCUUAAUGCCUCUUGCUCUGAUUCAAAAGGUACAAGGCCAGAUCACUUAAAGACUGUCACCGAAAUCGAGUUUUCACUCAAAUAAAAUUGUGAGAGAAAAAAUCCUGCAGCUCUAUUUUCAUUUUUGGUCCUAAUUUUUAGUCUUUUUGGGGACACAAGUGUUUGUCGUCAUUGGGUUUUUUCAUUUCAAGGUUGCUUCUGAUUUAAAAAUGUCAUGUGGCAAGUUUUUUUUUUCUUAAUAAUAAAGAGAAGCGAUGUGGAA